ACUAUCGAGUCUGGCUGAGAAUUAUUUCAUAGAUUUUCGUAAACAAAGCGAAAAGACGGCCUGUAAAUGGCCACCUGGACACAAAAUGAGCCGACAGGUGUCACCAAGCGCAGGCGUUGGAACCUGGAGGAUCGCGCCUCCUUGAACAAACUGAAGCAUCACAUUGCCUCCGAGGGAUGUCCCCAGAUGCAGUACGAUCUGGCCAAGGAGCUGCUCGAUAAUGCCAUAGAGCCCAAUCCUGCCAAGGGCAAUCAGAACCAGAAGGCCGUCAACUGGCUGGUGAGUGCCGCCCACAAUGGACACGAGGAUGCGGCCAAGCUGCUGCGGCAGUGCUACAACCAGGGCAGCGGCAUAACGGCGGAGAAUGCGGACGAGGUGCGUCGCUGCCUGGCCAUGACUCCGGGCGAGCGGGCGGCGAGAAAAGCAGCCCGGGAGCUCUUUGCCUGCCUCUCAAAUGGCAACGAGCACAUCACGCCCAAGCAGCUGGAGCGCAAGAUGCGGCGCAUCUACAAUCUGCAGCGAAAGCGGCGUCGACGCGACGACGAGCGCUCCUCGUCGAGCAGCGAGGGCGAGCAGGAGUGCGAACCCCUCGAGGAUGUGCCCUCUGUUGGCCAAGCCAGCGUGGAGCGACGCAGCCUCAUCACCGAGGCGCACCUCGUUUCGGCCGCCUCCAACUACAGUGCCGGCCAGAUGCCCAGCGUCAAUGACGCCCUCACAUUGUCCGUGCCCGAUCCGAGGAGCCUGGACCAUGUGCCCUGCUUCUACCGCAUGGUCUUCCACCCGCUCAUCUUCUUCAGCCUCUUCUACCACCGCCUGCUCAAUCUGAUUGUGUCCAUUCCCAAUGUCGCGCCGCUGAGUGUCCGCUGCAGUCUGCUCGUGGCCCUCUCCUGGUGGAGCAGCCGGCACAUGCUGCCCCUGGUCAGCUACUACCUGAGUAUGGCCAUCAUGAUCUGGGCCACGUGCAAGAUGCUCAAGACCAAACAGCAGUUCGUGGACUUUCGCAUCUGGUCGGGACUGUUCCUCAGGUACGGAGAUCAGAACAUCGAGGCGGACAUUGCGGAGCAGCGCUUUCUGCGCAACAACAUGAAGCCGUACCUGUACUACUUUUGUGCCUUCAUCUGCAACCUGAUCGUUUAUCCGCUGGUCACCGACGCCUGGCUGCCGCACUCGGAAUUGACUAUUGUUUCCGGAGCCUUCACGUUUCUCACCAUGGGGGUGUCCAUGUACGCCUCCUCUCAUCUACUGCCCGACUGGCUGGUGAUCGUUUCCUUUGCCGUGAACGUGCUCGCCAAGUAUCCGUACGAAAUGGACGAGGUUGUCUCCACCCGCUGGCGCUUUCUGGACCUACGCGUGCCCACCUUCUCCUCCUUUGUCAUUGGAAAUGGCAUUGAGUUCUGCCUGAAUUGCCGCACCGCCCUGUAUCUCUUUAUUCCCGUGCUGCUGGUGAUGAUGGCCAAGCGCUGCCGCUGGCAUGGAGUCUACACCUACCUAAUUCCGCACUGCGUCACGCUCAGCUGGCUGCAGGUGUGCAUCGCCACCUCGCAGAGUGCCACCAUGUUUGGAGCGAUGCGGGCUGCGCUCGGCCUGGCCGGCAUAGUCUUGUUUCUCCCGCUCUUCGGAAUCGUGGCGCUUCUUGUGCCCGUCUUCGUGGCCAUCGAUAGCUUGGGACUGGCCAGCGAGCAACUGCGCUGGGGCAGCACCGCCCUUGCCUGUGGAAUGGUGGUGGUGCUAUCCUGCGUGCUGGCUUUGAAUAGGGCCACCCAGAAAUACAUAACCAUGCUGCAGCUUUUAAUGGCAGUGACUACAGCCUGCCUGUUGGUCUUUCCCUACAUGACGUCCAGUUUCAAGGACACUCCCCGCUUUAAUGCCAUGCCCAGAGUGGGUCUGCACUCGCUUUCCGAGACGGACACCCUGCCGUGGGAUCGCUUCAACGCUCUGUGUGCCCAACCAAUCAACGAGCAGCCCAACAAGAUCAAGGCACAGCUGCGCUGCUCCCAUCUGAAUGGAAUGCCCGUGACUUGGGAGGGCAGCGUUACCAAAGUGGAGAUCUCGCGGGUGUCCAACAUCCUGGAGGAUGUCAUCGCCAACUAUCUUCCCGUGUGGCUGGGCAGGCUGCUGCGCUGUGUGCAUGGCGAGAAUAUAUCGCAGCACUUCAGGUGCGAUCCCAAGUUGGAUGAGCAGUGCGAGGAGUGGCGCAGUGUAAUUAAAACCCUGAAGGCGCAGAGUGGAAGUUGCACGCUGCAACGGUGGAAUCGCUACGAGUACGAGCUGCUGGUGAAAGUGGGCGCCAGGAAGAGUGGCCGUCUCCUGGGCCGCUCCACCUCCACCGAUGUGAUUCUACGAGCUCACCAUGACUUUGGGAACUUCACCCGGCUCCUGAGCGAGGGCGAUGUUGUGCUUUUCUACGGAACCCUGCAUAACUCUCGACUUCUGGCCGACAGCGUGCAGGUGCAACUGAAGACCAUCGAGUGCGUGGACUGCCGGUCGCCGGAUUUGGGCACAGCCACUAUCGAACGAGUGGUGGCCGCGUCUCCCAUGGAUGCUCGUUUGCAGGAUUUGAUGAGGGGCAUCAAAUAUUUGUUGAACGCUUUGUUGAAUCCCCUGAUCACUUUUAAGUAA